AUGCACAUCACUGCUCUAAGGCACGAAAAAUAUCUAAAUCAUCAACCAGCGCACCAAAGGAGAAGAAAGUUUGAAUGUUCUGAUUCUUCUCCAGGUAUUAGAACCCUUCGACAGCAAGGAAUUCUGCAUUAUUGA